GCUGGAAAGCAGACAGCAGAGCUCGUGGAAGAGCAAAGAUGCCCACCCCGAACAUCUCCACCUCUGCAGCCAAAGGCUUCCGCAGGGCGGUGUCGGAGCUGGACUCCAAGCAAGCCGAGGCCAUCAUGUCUCCACGGUUCAUUGGAAGACGUCAAAGCCUCAUUGAAGACGCCAGGAAGGAAAGAGAGGCUGCGGCUGCAGCCACUGAUGCUGCAGAGUCCACAGAGACCAUUGUAUUCGAGGAGAAGGAUGGCAGAGCCAUGCUGAACCUCUUCUUCAUGCCCAAGGGAUCCAAGACUUCACCCCUGUCCCGUGUCCUUAAGGUGUUUGAGACAUUUGAAGCUAAAAUUCACCACCUGGAGACCAGGCUUAGCCGAAAGCCCCGUGAAGGGACCGCUGAACUGGAAUACUUUGUGCGCUGUGAAGUCCACAGCUCUGACCUCAAUACUUUCAUUAGCUCCAUCAAGAGAGUGGCAGAAGAUGUGAGGACCACUAAGGAGGACAAAUUUCACUGGUUUCCCAGAAAAAUCUGUGAAUUGGACAAGUGCCACCAUUUGGUCACCAAGUUUGACCCUGACUUGGAUCUGGAUCACCCGGGCUACUCUGACCAAGUGUAUCGCCAGAGGAGGAAAUCAAUAGCAGAGAUUGCUUUUCACUAUAAGCAUGGGGACCCAAUCCCUCACGUGGAGUACACGGCGGAGGAGACAGCUACCUGGAAGGAGGUGUACAGCACCCUGAAGAGCUUGUACCCCACCCAUGCCUGCAAGGAGUACCUCGAAGCUUUCAGUCUACUGGAGAAAUUCUGUGGCUACAGUGAGAACAACAUCCCUCAGCUGGAGGAGGUUUCCCGCUUCCUGAAAGAGAGGACUGGCUUCCAGCUGCGGCCAGUGGCUGGCCUGCUGUCAGCACGGGACUUCCUGGCCAGCCUGGCCUUCCGCGUGUUCCAGUGCACGCAGUACAUCCGCCACGCGUCCUCGCCCAUGCACUCCCCCGAGCCGGAUUGCUGUCACGAGCUGCUGGGGCACGUCCCGAUGCUGGCUGAUAAGACAUUUGCCCAGUUCUCCCAGGACAUUGGGCUGGCUUCUCUGGGAGCAACUGAUGAAGAAAUUGAGAAACUAGCAACACUUUACUGGUUUACAGUGGAGUUUGGGCUCUGCAGACAGAAUGGAAUAGUCAAAGCCUACGGAGCUGGGCUCCUCUCCUCCUAUGGGGAGCUCAUACAUUCCUUGUCAGAUGAGCCAGAGGUGCGGGACUUCGACCCUGAUGCUGCAGCUGUUCAGCCCUACCAGGACCAGAACUACCAGCCUGUUUAUUUUGUGUCUGAAAGCUUCAGUGAUGCCAAAAACAAAUUGAGGAGCUACGCGGCGCACAUCAAGCGGCCCUUCUCGGUGAAAUACGAGCCCUACACCCACAGCAUCGAGCUCCUGGACAGCCCCCAGACCAUCUGCCACUCCCUGGAGAGCGUGAGGGAUGAGCUGCACUCGCUGGUUAACGCGCUCAAUGUUAUCAGUUAGUACAAGAACUGAGCUGCUCCGUGCCCUCCCUGUGCCCGCCCUGCCCUCACCUGUUCCCAGCUGGUCAUCCCUACCUGUCCUCUCCGAGCAUUGGCACUGCUGCCUGGCACCGCGCGACCCCAACAGCUUUCCCCUUUUGUAUGUAGGGCCAGCUCUACAGGAGGAGGGCACCCAAGGCCUGCUGGCUUUUUGGGUGGCUUCUCUAUUGACUGCUGGAGGAGGCUUAGCAGACACAAAAAGGUAAAAAGUUAAAGUCAAGAACUGUGUGGUAGGCUCCUGGGUGCAAGGAAGAGGAGAAAAACUACUUUAUUUAACAACAACAACAAAAAGAUAUAAUUUUUUAAAAUUGCAAUUUGAGAGAAAAAUUUAAUCUGCCUUUUUUAUAUCCCUGAAAUAACUCCAUGAAUCUUGUUCUUAGUUAUCCUAAUAUUACCAUCACCUGAUGUAGCUCAGGUGUGUGACUAAUGCUAUUGCUGGCCAUUUCCAAGGAAGGUAAACAUCUGGUUUGGAUGCCCAAACCCAGUUCCAUGCAGUUUUCAGUGCAGAUAUUAACGGCUUGAUCUGACCCAAAGCUCUCGGUUUUCCUCCCCCUGCUUUUGCCCUUCUUAUCUUCUUGUAGGCUGUCUCAUAACUUAGCGGUUUGCUCAGAAGUUUGGCCCAAGGUUAUGCAGCUGUGCAGUAUCAGAGCUGGGCUUGGGAUGUGUGGAGGCUGCUAAACAGCUGUGGGGAACAGUGAAGGGGAGAAUUACACAGAGUUGUUUGCAUGAUCAUUUAUAACAUUUCUGUGUCGACUUUUGCCAUCCUUAUCCACGAUAUAUGAUUUUUAUAAUUUCCUCUUUAAAGAACUGCAAGACUUGGCAGGGAAGUUUUGGCUAUUAACACGGCUAACAUUGUUCUCCAGUGUUACUUCUACUGUGGCUCAGUCAUAAUAGUUUACAAUCCAUUACUCUUUAUCCCAUUUCAGACCUCCACAUAUAUGUGCUUUACCCCCAGUUCUCUCAAAUUUUAACUCCUUAGCUACUGGCAGCACUUAGUCUCCUGCCUGCUUCAGUCUCUCCUUUCUGUUUCUUUUCUCAUUUGACCCUUCCUCCUAAAUUCCUCCUAAAUUGCUUAAAAGGCCAUUACUGAAAUCAGCAGUUUGACACCAGGGCUAGCUGCUUUUCCUCAAGCUGUUCCUUCUCUUUGGAUUUUCCUGUAAACCGAUAAAACUACUGAGUUCAUUCAGUUAUUGUCAUUUUCAAGCAUUUUUCCAAAGCUGCAGCUAUGAUUUCUCAAUCUGGGUGGAUCCAGAUCAUGAGCUGUAACUCUCAAGGCUCCCUUAAGAGCUGUAACAAUUUUUCAUUUGAGUUCUUGAGAUAUUGCUAUUAGAUUAAGUAGCUGGAGCAAGCUAUGCAAGACUAAGGCAGGCUAGGCCAUAGUUUGACUAUCUAGCUAUGAAAAUCUUACUGGUGACUUCAGUAAAACUGACUAAAACAAAACAAAACAAAACAAAAAGAUAAACAGGCAAGCUAUAACAAUUAUGUCUGUAUAGGUAAUGCAUGGGUUAUGAUAUUAACAAGUGCAGUGCCACUUUACUGGUCUUCAGAUUGCUGUUUCUCCUCUCUUUUGGUAGUGUCCAGCUCUGGCUUGCUGCCCAUGGAAGCAGCAAGGAUGCUCCAAACCCUGCAGCAAUGCCAGUUGUUAUCUGCCUUCUUAAAGAUCUAAAAUUAACGCAAUUUGUGAAAAGACCAAACUCAUUAAUAUGGAGCAAAAAGCCAGUUUAGAAAUCCUUGAAAAAGCAGGAGACCUCAACUCCUCUGCCUUGCCUUGGAGUUUGCAUUGCUGCUCCCUGACUCUGUCAGCUGCUGCUUUUUUGAGGAGUUAUAGUAAAAUCUGCAAAAAUAGCAAAUAAGCCAAACUUGCAGCAUAACCCAGCACCAUGAGUAUGCAAGCACACAAACAGAUGUGCUGCAGCCAGGGGAAGGUGAGCACCAGGAGGGUUCCACUCCCUUGCAUUUUGGGACAUGAGGCUGGGCUGGGGCAGGCUCUGAGUGUGAGGGUUCUGGCUGCUCAGGCGCCAGAGGUCCUCUUUGGGCCAUUUUCAGUCCCUCUGUUCUUGACAAAUUCGUGACAGAUUCCAGAAGUUUUUGGCCCCUUAGGGAGACAUCUGAGAAACAUGAACCCGUUUGUAUUUACUAUUGCCCUCACUUAUUUAAUAUCUUUGAGGAUUUAUCUUAUUAAUAACUUAAUAGGUCCCCUUUCACUUUGUCUCUAAGCCUUAUUCCUUUUAAAUACAUUACUUGGUUCCUUAUUUCAUAAGCCAUGUAUGAAUUGGAUCCUUGCUCUCUCAUUUUACACAUUUUUCUCAUGUUGCUUCUUCUACCAGGGCAUUGCUUUCUUCUUUACCUUGCCAUAGUAUUUUAGACUCUUACACAUAGGGCCACUAAGAGACAGGCUAUCUAAACAAAAUUUGGUAAACCAGUCCCUAAUCUAUCACUGCUUUUAAAGCUACUGAUAGCGAGGUUAACUUUCUAGCCCAUCAUUUUGGAUAUUAUCCUAUAAUUGUCUUUAGAUUCUUUUUAAUAGUCUGAUUCAUUUCUGUCUACCGUUCUGGAUGAUUGCAGGUGGUAGGGUUUAUUAGUCCUUGCUUAAUCCCCAGGGUAGUUAUUAAGACUAGAAUUCUUCACUUAAAACCUCCCCCUUCCCUACCCUCCCCUCUGUUCAUCUUAUCAUGUCUCAGGUGCUGUUCCAUACCUAUGAACAAUUUUCUGUAACAGCACUGUUACAAUUUCAGCAGUUGUAUUCCUUUCAGGUGGAAGAACCUCAGCCUGCCCAGGGAAAGUAUUUAUUGUGGCAAACAGAUACUGAUAUCCUUCUUUAGUUUGUGACACUUAUUGGGGUGAUCCCAAUAUUUGGAAAAUUAGUAUUUGUCACAGUCUUUAGUUUAGUCAAUGCAGUAGAGCUGGCAGUUUUCUUUUACUAACCCACUUUUGCACACCUUAUGCUACUUUUAUUUAUGUCUUAUGUUUCUUACUUCAUUUGAGGCCAAGUAUAAACUCUUUGCACUCUUUUCAGAGUACCCUGCACUUUUUUUUGUACCUCAUUAUGACAGUUAUCUUAGCCAUAAUGAGCUACAUAAAGAGGUGUAGAAUGCUCUUAUUCAACUGGCCACACUAUUCAUCCCAUCUUCUUUUAGCUGACACCUGGUUGGGGCUUCAGUAAACAAAGGCUGAGUUAGUUUAGCUACUUGCUCACUAAAUUAUUUCUCAGUAUUGCUUGUAGUCUUCACAUUAUUUUAAUAUAUUUCCAUAUAUUUAUUUAUAUAUUUAUUCCCACACUCCCUCUAAGCCUGUAAAAUAGAACUUCCGUUUUCUUCAUAGGUGUCUCACCAUAUGCUUGCCUUUGCUUUUCUCCCCAUUAUGCAGGCAGUGUUUUGUUCUACUACCAGAUAGCAGCUAUCUGUAGAGAGAAGUUGGUAGAAGGGUUUGUCUUCUACUCACAGCCUGUGAGCUUCUUGGCAUGAUCCCUUCUUUAGUUUGCCCACUAUUUGUUCCCUCAUUCCACUGAUAGGAGUGUCAAACUUAGCACCCCCAUGAGUGUGCAGGACCUUUGGCUCAUUCCUGGUUUCCAUUCACAGGAUAUCCACACUAAUAUCCAUUUCUUCCCUUUGCAUGUAAGAGCAGAGACUGGGGUACAACUGCACUAUUGAGGGGAAAAGCCUCAAACUCCAUCACAGCCCAGACUGCCAGACUACCUCUAACCAGGUUUUCUCAUGGCCAAGGAAAUUUUGGUCCAGCCAAGGAGACAACUCAUAUGCUACUGGUAUCCAUUUUCCUCCACUGUUUCUCUGUAACAGCACUGCUCCCACAGUAUCAGCUCGUGUUGAAAUUCUUGUUAUGAAUAAUUUUCCUUUAACUGGGAAUUUGAGUGCAGAAGCUUUUCAAGCAGCUUCCUUCAUGUCAGAUAAAGCACUGUCUUGGUCUUUGCUCCCUCCCUGCUUCCUCUCCUGUCAUUUCCAUAACGCUCUGCUGCUAUUAGCAAAGAUGAAUA